AUUAGGGGUGGUUUCAAAAUGGUCAUACUUUUGCUGUUAGUAAGUUGCUUCUUACAUCAAAGUUUGAAAGAAAAGUUUGCAGUUAAGGGAAUUACGCUUUAUGAUAUCAAUAUAGUAUCUUUUGAACCUUUAUCAACAUACGACAAGACGGCCCUUUUACUAGGCACUAUCCGUGUAACCCGUAAGGCGCGUAAUACUUUCGUCAUGUCCGGUGAUGUAGAGUUUCUCAGAAAUUGGGGAAACGAAUACACGGUGUACUAUCACGUUGAAACUUCCAUCGGCAUGAUCUUGAUCAAAAAUAGUGAACCAUUUUGUGAGUUUUUCAAUUCUGAGCUUGCAGUCGUGAAAAAAUUCCGACAGUAUUCAACCGUUCCGCCGGGUAAUUAUUGUCCGCUACCAAAGAAUCGCUAUGAGGUCAACAAUUACGGAGUGGAUGAGUCAGAUCUACCAAUGAUGUUGCCGAAAGAUACGUACACACUUAUUGCAAAGGUGAUGACGAGCGAUGAACACGUGGUACUGUCCUAUACAUUGAAAAUUGCUGUUUCGUAG